GGAUCCGGAAGCAAUGCCACGGGACAGGAAUUAAAAGUGAUAUAAACAAACCAAACUCAUCGUUCAGAGGCAGCAAGCUAACGUUUGGUCUGUCUGCCAAUGCACUAUUACCUUUGGAUUUGUGACAGUUGUAAGAUCGACAAUUUCGAGAGGAGAAAUUGCGACUGCGUGUUCUGGGUCGGCUUGGCAACAUAACCGGUCGGUGAGCCGGACACCCGGAGCGUCCCUCAUGUCCCGGAAGCAGUCGGGAAAGCUGGUGCGGGGGAACAGGAAGUACGAUGCGGAGAGGAAGCGCGACGAGAGGGCGGUGCGCCGGGCCAUAGCGAAGGACCGGAAGAACCGCCCCCAGGGGGACGACGAGGGGGCGGAGUUCAUCAGCUUCACCAAUCAGCUGCAAGCGCUUGGGCUUAAACUUAGAGAGGUGCCUGGAGAUGGGAACUGCUUGUUCCGUGCCCUGGGCGACCAGCUGGAGGGCCACUCCCGGGGACACCUGCGGUUGCGGCAGGAGACGGUGCAGUACAUGCAGGCGCACCGGCACGACUUCGAGCCCUUCGUGGAGGACGAUGUGCCUUUCACGCAGCACCUGGCAAACCUCUCUCAGCCGGGCACAUUCGCAGGAAAUGAUGCAAUCGUGGCGUUUGCUCGUAGCCAGCAGCUGCGCGUGGUCAUCCACCAGCUCAACGCUCCUCUGUGGGAGAUAAAUGGCUCGGAGAAGCCAGUCUGUAGAGAGCUUCACAUUGCCUAUCGCUAUGGCGAUCAUUAUGACAGCGUUCGGCCAAUCGGAGACAACUCUGAGAGUCCCACCCAGCUGCGUAUCGAGGCCCUUAAUCGUUCCAGAGGGCAGGGUGAGUCGGGGGGGCGUCAGGGUGACAGGAAAAAUGUCCCCCCCUGCCCCCUCCCGGAGGAGGAUGACCUCAUCCUACACUGCCUGGAGCCCCACAGCCCUGCUGGCCAAGGAGGGAGCUGCUGUCAGCUCGAUGGUGCCUCCCCCCAUUCUGCCCCUGAGGAGCUGGAUCCCGUGCUGUCAGUCACAGCGUGCCCCGCCCAGUGGGAGGAGUCUGAAACGUGCCCCUCUCUCCCUGUCACAAUGACAGAGUGUAGUGACUCAAAAUUGUCUGAAGAGGGCGUAGUUUCCCAAAGACCCAAGAUAUCAAACAGACAGAGGAAGGAGCACCAGCGCCUGGAGAAGAAGAGGAGGCAGGAGGAGAGGCACAGACAGAAGGUUCUGCAGAGCCGGGCUCCGCAGGACCAGAAUCAGAACCCCUCGGAACCCGUGACUCUAGUACCGGCGCUCAGCACACUGAGCAUCUAGAACACGCUCCGCUGGACUCGACCGGCCUUGACCGGACUUGACCGGACUUGACCGGACUGAAUCGGAUGCUCAGCCCACAGUAUCAGGAGUGGUUCUGCCACACUCCUUGCACCUAAUCCUAAGAAUAUUUCCCAUGUCUCAUGAAUCUCUUUUUUGUUUGUGUUACGGGCGCCCGUCUGUGGGCGUGGCUGCUUUGGCAGAGUGCGCAUUGCAGAGGUGAUGCGUGUAGAACGCGGUUUCCCUUCUACAGAGAUAUGGUUUUGAGUGAUCAGUGCAGUCGGUUAGUUACACACACACACACACACACGCAGACACACAACACACACCCUCUACGUUUUCUCUGUGCGGAUUAAGCUUUCAGUUGCUUUCAGUUGACACAUACCCCGAGCGUGUAAAUCAGUGUAAAAAAAAAAAAGACCACAAAUGGACUAUUUUGGCAGUUUAAAUGACAAUGACGGCACAUUACUUACUCGUGUACUGUCAGUUUUCAAAGUUAAGUAGUUCCUGCUUUGGAACGGUCUGUUGCAUUGCCUGUGCUUUUCGAGAGAGCACAGGCAGCUGGUUCUUCUGCCAUGGUGUCCCCUGGCCGGGUUUAAAAUGAUCGAGGAAAGUAAAGACUCUAGUAAGAUGCUGGAAUGUAAAAAUAAAUGAAUCGUCCGUUGCA